GCAGGCGGAGAGAGCCGCGGCCCCCUCAUGCCCAGCGCGGCCGCCCAGGGCAGGGCUGAGGGGGCGCUGGCGUGUCCCCGCAGGCAGCCGGGCGCCGGGGACGGUGGCCGUGGGGACGGCGCGCGCCCGGACACCGGCGGCCUCAGCAUGAGCGACCUGGACCCGGAGGGGCUGCCCUUGCCGCCGCGGUACCGCUUCCGGGACCUGCUGCUGGGAGACCCCCCCUUCCAGAACGAGGACAGGCCUCAGGUGGAAGAUUCCAGCUUGGACUCCUCCCAGCCUCAGGUCCAAGUAGAGUUUUAUGUCAACGAGAACACAUUCAAGGAGCGGCUGAAGCUGUUCUUCAUCAAGAACCAGAGAUCCAGCCUGAGGAUCCGGCUCUUCAACUUCUCGCUGAAGCUGCUCACUUGUCUGCUCUACAUCGUCCGCGUGCUGCUGGAGGACCCAGCCCAGGGCAUUGGAUGCUGGGGUUGCCCGAAGCAGAAUUACACCUUCAAUGAGUCAUCAUCUGACAUCAACUGGGCACCCAUCCUGUGGGUGGAGAGGAAGGUGGCCCUGUGGGCCGUCCAGGUCAUCGUGGCCGUGAUCAGCUUCCUGGAGACCAUGCUCCUCAUUUACCUCAGUUACAAGGGAAACAUCUGGGAGCAGAUAUUCCGCGUGUCCUUCGUCCUGGAGAUGAUCACCACACUGCCCUUCAUCUGCACAAUAUUCUGGCCACCGCUGCGAAACUUGUUCAUCCCCGUGUUCCUCAACUGCUGGCUGGCCAAGCAUGCCCUGGAGAACAUGAUUAAUGACUUCCACCGUGCCAUCCUGCGCACGCAGUCGGCCAUGUUCAACCAGGUGCUCAUCCUCUUCUGCACCCUGCUGUGCCUGGUCUUCACGGGGACUUGCGGGAUCCAGCACCUGGAGCGUGCGGGCGAGAACCUGUCGCUGCUCACCUCCUUCUAUUUCUGCAUCGUCACCUUCUCCACUGUGGGCUACGGCGACGUCACCCCCAAGAUCUGGCCCUCACAGCUGCUGGUGGUCGUCAUGAUCUGUGUGGCCCUGGUGGCACUGCCGCUGCAGUUUGAGGAGCUCGUGUACCUGUGGAUGGAGCGGCAGAAGUCGGGGGGCAACUACAGCCGCCACCGGGCACAGACGGAGAAGCACGUGGUGCUGUGCGUGAGCUCACUUAAGAUAGACCUGCUCAUGGACUUCCUCAACGAGUUCUACGCGCACCCGAGGCUCCAGGACUACUACGUGGUCAUCCUGUGCCCCACGGAGAUGGACGUGCAGGUCCGCAGGGUGCUGCAGAUCCCGCUGUGGUCCCAGCGAGUCAUCUACCUCCAGGGAUCGGCGCUCAAAGACCAGGACCUCAUGCGCGCCAAGAUGGACAACGGGGAGGCCUGCUUCAUCCUCAGCAGCCGCAACGAGGUGGACCGCACAGCCGCGGACCACCAGACCAUCCUGCGUGCCUGGGCCGUGAAGGACUUUGCCCCCAACUGCCCCCUGUACGUCCAGAUCCUCAAGCCUGAGAACAAGUUUCACGUCAAGUUCGCAGACCACGUGGUGUGUGAGGAGGAGUGCAAGUACGCCAUGCUGGCCCUCAACUGCAUCUGCCCGGCCACGUCCACGCUCAUCACGCUGCUCGUGCACACGUCCCGCGGCCAGGAAGGGCAGGAGUCCCCGGAGCAGUGGCAGCGCAUGUACGGCCGCUGCUCAGGCAACGAGGUCUACCACGUGCGCAUGGGCGACAGCAAGUUCUUCCGCGAGUACCAGGGCAAGAGCUUCACCUACGCGGCUUUCCACGCCCACAAGAAGUACGGUGUGUGCCUCAUGGGGCUGAAGCGCGAGGAGAACAAGAGCAUCCUGCUGAACCCGGGCCCGCGGCACACGCUGGCUGCCUCGGACACCUGCUUCUACAUCAACAUCACCAAGGAGGAGAACUCAGCCUUCAUCUUCAAGCAGGAGGAGAAGCGGCGCGCGGCGGGGCCCUGGGACGGCUCGGCCCGGCUGCCGGUGCACAGUGUCAUCGCGUCCAUGGGGACCGUGGCCAUGGACCUGCAGAGCGCCGAGUGCCAGCCGGCGCCGAGCAGUGGAGGCCCGAAGCUGGCGCUGCCCACGGAGAAUGGCGCAGGCAGCCGGAGGCCUAGCAUCGCACCCGUCCUGGAGCUAGCGGACAGCUCAGCCCUGCUGCCCUGUGAUCUGUUGAGUGACCAGUCAGACGAUGAGACGGUGCCAUCUGAGGACGAGGCCCUCUCUGUGGUGGAGUACGUCAAGGGCUAUCCCCCCAACUCACCCUACAUCGGCAGCUCCCCCACUCUGUGCCACCUGCUGCCCGUGAGGGCGCCCUUCUGCUGCCUGAGGCUGGACAAGGGCUGCAAACACAACAGCUCCGAGGACGCCAAGGCCUACGGCUUCAAGAACAAACUGAUCAUCGUGUCUGCUGAGACUGCAGGCAACGGGCUGUACAACUUCAUCGUGCCGCUGCGGGCCUACUACCGCUCCCGCCGGGAGCUCAAUCCUAUCGUGCUGCUGCUGGACAACAAGCCUGACCACCACUUCCUGGAGGCCAUCUGCUGCUUCCCCAUGGUCUACUAUAUGGAGGGCUCUGUGGACAACCUGGACAGUCUCCUGCAGUGCGGCAUUAUCUAUGCUGACAACCUGGUGGUGGUGGACAAGGAGAGCACCAUGAGCGCCGAGGAGGACUACAUGGCUGACGCCAAGACCAUCGUCAACGUUCAGACCAUGUUCCGGCUGUUCCCCAGCCUCAGCAUCACGACGGAGCUCACGCACCCGUCCAACAUGCGCUUCAUGCAGUUCCGCGCCAAGGACAGCUACUCCCUGGCGCUCUCCAAACUGGAAAAGCGGGAGCGCGAGAACGGCUCCAACCUGGCCUUCAUGUUCCGCCUGCCCUUCGCGGCCGGACGCGUCUUCAGCAUCAGCAUGUUGGACACGCUGCUGUACCAGUCCUUCGUGAAGGACUACAUGAUUCCCAUCACCAGGCUGCUCCUGGGCCUGGACACCACACCCGGCUCUGGCUACCUCUGCGCUAUGAAGAUCACCGAGGCCGACCUGUGGAUCCGCACCUACGGGCGCCUGUUCCAGAAGCUGUGCUCGUCCAGCGCCGAGGUCCCCAUCGGCAUCUACCGCACCGAGUGCCACGUCUUCGAGCCAGGCGCAGACCGCCCGCGCCCCCAGGUCUCCGUGAACAUGGAGGAGUGCGAGGACACGCGCGAGGAGAAGGGGCCCGCGGAGCCCGAGCCCCCGCGCCGCAGGAGCCUGCAGUGGGCGCGGCGGCUGAGCCGCAGGAGCGCCAAGCCCGCCGCCCAGGCAUCGGCGGCCGUGUGGAGCCAGCAACGGCUCAGCCUGUGCCGGCGGUCGGAGCGGCAGGAGCUGUCCGAGCUGGUCAGGAACCGCAUGAAGCACCUGGGGCUGCCCACCACGGGCUACGAGGAUGUAGCAAAUUUAACAGCCAGUGAUGUCAUGAAUCGGGUAAACCUGGGAUAUUUGCAAGAUGAGAUGAACGACCAGCAGAACACACUCUCCUACGUCCUCAUCAAUCCCCCGCCCGACACCAGGCUGGAGCCCAAUGACAUCGUGUACCUCAUCCGCUGCGACCCCCUGGCCCACGUGGCCAGCAGCUCUCAGAGCCCGAAGAGCAGCUGUCACCACAAGCUGGAGUCCUCUCACCCCGAGACGCAUGACGAGACUCAGCUCUGAGCCGGCUGAGCACGCAGCCCCGACGGAUUCUGCAGACCGUGGCGCAAUCUGUAACCCGUUUUUACCAAUCUCAACCACCCUCGUCUGCACAAUGUACCGCAACUCGUGACCA